AUGUUUAUUGGAAUAACGGGUCCCAUUUGUUCCGGAAAACAUACUAUUGCUGAAUGGCUUGUUUCUGUACACGGAUUUACACCUCUCACUCUUCGAGGCAAUGACAACUAUAGACUUGACGCGUUACACUUUGAAACGCCAGACGGCCUUUUAGAAUAUGUCACAAAGAAUUGGAUAGAUAAUUUUGUAACGUGCGAUAUUGAUACUCUAUACGUAUUAGAAACAUAUAGAAAACGACCUUUUUUCUUAUUAUUGGCAGUGGAUGGUCCAUUGACAAUCCGAUAUCAAAGGUGCCUGACGCGCUGUCAAGAAUUAGGUCAUCAACCACCAACUUUAGAAAGAUUUGUGAUCGAAAAUGAUAAAAGAUUAUUUAAAAUAGUCACACCAACAAAUGAAUUUAUACAAAAUGAUCAAGAUCACGCAUUAAAUUUGGAUGACUUUUCAGUCUCUUCAAUUUAUAAUUUUAUGACUAUGGCCGAUCUAAUUGUUGUGAAUUCUUUUUUAUCGUUACAACUACUCUAUGCACAUCUUCAUAGUCUCAAUAUUACUAAUUCUGAGAGAUUGCGACCUUCGUGGGACACAUAUUUUAUGCACUUAUCAGAUCUAGCAGCAUUAAGAUCAAAUUGUAUGAAACGUAGGGUUGGCUGUAUAUUAGUUAAAGACUUUAGAGUAAUCGCGACUGGAUAUAAUGGUACAGCAAGAGGGUUAAAGAAUUGUAAUCAAGGUGGUUGUGAACGUUGUAAUGACGCGGUCCCAUGUGGAAAAGAAUUGGAUACUUGUUUAUGCUUACAUGCAGAAGAAAAUGCAUUAUUGGAAGCAGGAAGGGAAAGAGUUGGACAAGGUAGCAUUCUUUAUUGUAACACGUGA